AUGUCUGACAGUAUGAGCACAGCGUGGAACAAGGCUCUGCAAAAGUAUUUGCAAGAGGUAGGACAUCUACAGGUCAAAUCCCUAGGCAGUAUCGAUUCCCUCGUAGACGAAGUAACGCGGCUACAAGAUCAUUAUUGUGGCAGCAGGUAUUCAUUGUACUUCAACAGACUGCGGCCAUUUCUCGAUUGGAUUUACAACUUUCACCACUUUGUUCGAGCAAUCCUUCAAAUCACCCCAACGGGAUUUGACCUCUUCUGGGGUGUGCUCUUGCUAGCUCUUGAGGCUCGUUUGUCUGGAGAGUUAGAGCUGAUUGCCAAAGUCGACAACUACCACGGAGAACUAAUAACUUUGCUGGCACCCGGUGCUAUGUUCGUUGGCAACCUUCCGUUCAAUAAUCUGCCUGUAAGGCAAAAUCCUGCAUUCGUGGGACGAGGAUCGGAGCUUGAUCUCCUUCAGUCAACUCUCUUGCCUGACAAAUCGCCAGUGCAAUUACCCUGCGCGUGCCUAUAUGGGCUGGCGGGUGUUGGGAAGUCACAGUUGGCACUUCAAUUUGCAUAUAAGCAUAUUGAUGUAUUCGAUGCGAUCCUAUGGAUCUCCGCCGAGUCCGAAAUCAAACUACGGGGAUCUCUUGGUGAAAUUGCCAAUGGUCUUGGGCUGGUGGAGGGGCCAUUCGAAAACAUUCAGGAUACAAAGGAAGCCGUAAUGCGCUGGCUUCAUCUCCACCCCAGAAGUUCACGCCGGCACGCAAUUAAGUGGCUCCUAAUAUUUGACAACGCUGAAGACGUAUCUCUCGUGAACUCCUUUUGGCCGAGAGCAGGAAAAGGCUCCAUUAUUAUCACCUGCAAGAGUCCUGAAAUUGCGAAACAAUUUUCCCACAAUAAAGUAGGAAGAAUUCAGAUAAAGCCGUUUUCGGCCCAAGUCGCUUCCAACUUUCUACUAUCGCUAAUCGAUAAAGACCACUCCGCAACUGAGGAAGAAUUACAACUAGCCCUUGAUAUAUCAACUUCGGUUGGCUAUCAUCCCUUGGCUCUAGAUAUGGUUGGCUGCUAUAUUAGGCGAUGUGGAUAUUCGCUGGUUAGAUUUCUAGAGCAGCAUCCUAGCUUUGAGACGGAUCUUCUGUUCCGCGACAACCUGACAGUUUGGUCGGCAAAUAUUUACCAGAGAUUUGUUGAUAAUGCCUUACAUCUGGGACUAGGGUCGGCUGUCUAUAGCUGUGCCUUGGACCCAUCCUCAGAGUGUCUUUUGCAGAUGAUGGCUUUCUUGGAUGUGGACGGUAUCCCGGUGGAAUUCUUCACACAAAACUCAAAGGAAGCCAUGCUCAUGGAUGGCCCUGACGCUCAAGAUGAGCUUCCAGAUCUAGACAAAAUACUAGAAAACCCUUUUCGGGACCCAGGAGUUUUAGAUAAAUGUCUGCAAAGCCUACUUGAUCUGGCACUAAUUACGAUCGAUGAGCAUAGAUACAGGGUGCAGAGUCAUUGCCUUAUCCUUAUGGCAGUCCGGUCCUCCAUGGCUCCGGAGAGGAUUUCCUUCAUCCUAAGCCGUAUAGUUUUCUUCUUAAACAGCUCAUUCCCCGAACAGCAGGCAGGGAAACCGCUAUAUAACAAAUGGUCAGCAUGUAAAGAGCUAGCUACAAAUGUUGUCUCUCUUCGCAACUGGUACAAAACCUACCAAGAUACACUUCCUCCUCCAAUUAUGUUAUGUGAGGUCAUGUGCCGCUGUGCUUGGUAUUUUCUAGAACAAGGAGCAUCAGAAACGGUGCUCGAAUUGUCUGACGACGCUAUUCACAUGUGCGAGAAUGCCCUAAAACGCAACCAACAUGCGGGAUACUCCAAGUGGUUUGUUAAAGAUAUGAUUAGUCAUCAUGUCAACACAAAAGCUACCAUCGACCGGGAACUACCUUCCAUAGAUCAUGGUCUCCGCCUCUCGCAACAAGUUUGCAGAAUACGAAGACAAAACAAGAGGACGGGUUCACAGGAUGACGAAAUGUGGAUUGCUGCCGCAGAUGGAAACCUCGCCGUCUCCUUGAUUGCUACCGGCAAACCAGAGGAAGCAUUAGUGGUUCUAUUGUCUUUGUUGGAAAGGGAAGAUAUGAGAGCAAAUGAGGAUAUAUACUUAUCCAAUACCUGUCUCUGCUACCUUAUCUUGGACCGACUAGACGACGCAUGGAAAUAUGGAAAGCGUGCCGCGGAGUCUACUAGACUUAGAAGAGGCGACAAUAACGCUCAGACUGCUCUGAUCGACUACUAUAAAGGCAUGAUACACAAGAGGGGAGGGGAGGUUGGAGAAGCCGUGGCAGACUUGGAACGCAGCCUUCGAACUAGGGAGCAGCUUAUGCCCAGGCACCUGCAUACAGCAUUGACGCUACACCAACUGGGUGUCCUUGAACAAGCAAGAGGGAAUACAGAACCAGCUUUAGAUCUAUUCAUCGAUUCCUUCGACAUACUAUCAAAGUGCGAAUGCAAUCCAGGUACGGUUUGUCGAACACUGCUAGCUAUUUCGCAGCUGUAUAGUAAGCUAAACGACAUCGAAAAUGCGAGCAAGUACUAUAAUAUUGCGGAGGAGUAUCGCAUACGAAUUAACGGCGUAGAUACGAGAGGAUUCGACGAUCCCUCAGACUACGACAUGUUUGUUACCAUCGCUUUUCGAUAG